AUGAGAGGCUCGGAUUCUCCUUCGCCAAGGCCCCACCAGCCUCGUUAUGCAGCAGCAGCUGCAGCACAAGCCACACCAGCAGCGACAACAGCAGCAGCAGCAGCAGCAGCACUUGCUGCUGAGAGCAGCAGCGCUAUUGAAAUUGAAUCCCUCAGACGCAUUGGGGACUUUCUGCAUCUUGUAGAGGAGCAGCACCUCAUGCAGCAGCAGCAGCAGCAGCAGCAGCAGCAGCAGCAGCAUGGGGCUGUUCUUACGUCCGUACAGUCUGACAGUACCAGAGGCCUGCAGCUACAGCAGCAGCAACAGCAGCAGCAGCAGCAACAACAGCAGCAGCAACAGCAGCUUCUUCUUCCUGCUCUGAGGGAUCUCUUGUUCGACCUGAAGGCAUUGUGUGAUCGUGCCGAAUCCCGUUACGGCAGCAGCUGCAGCAGCAGCGGCAGCAGCAGCAGCAGCAGCUGCUGCAGCUGGGACAGCAGCAGUAGCAGCAGCAGCAGCAGCAGCUAUCCCGUUAAUGACGUUGGCAGGGGCGUCAACGCGCUGAGGAGCAACGAAGGCGCUGCGUCAGCAGCACCGGCACGAACGUCAGCAGCAGCAGCAGCAGCAGCAACAGCUGCAGCAGCUGCAGCAGCAGGUCCUUCUGUGCGCUCUGCUAUCGAAGAGCUGCUGGGGUCCAGGGGGGCCCUGGGUACAGUUGAGCAGAGGGGGCUGCUGCGUUCCCUCCUCAGCAGUGAGGGGCCCCCCAUAGCGCCCAGCGAGAUGCAGCAGGAUGGGUGUGCUGCUGCUGCUGCUGCUGCUGUUGCUGCUGCUGCUGCUGCUGGAUCUCCCGCUGCUGCCCCUUGCUGCAACAGCAAGCACCUUGAUACCUGCGUCAUGAGGCUAUGCGGCCAGGCGGGGGCCCCCAGCUCAGCUCGGUUUGUAUCGAAGUAUAGAGGGGGCCCCCGUUGCUGCACGCCGUCAGGUGCAGCAGCAGCAGCAGCAGCAGCUGCUGCUGCAGCAGCUACAGCAGCAGCAGACAGCAGCAAACUCUAUCAAGCCUGGCUAGACGGCGCGUAUAUACCUCAGUUCGAUGAUAGCGAUGAAUAUACAGAAGAAACAGACCCAGGGUACACCCCGAUAGAUAUGACAGAAGCAGAGUUUCUAUCGGCCUUCUGCGGGGGGGCCCCUCACCCUCUCCAGGGGGCCCCCAUGGGGGGGCCCCCCUGGGGGCCCCCUCAGACUGAAGGGAUGCACCCGCUGCUUGCGCUUGGUGUUGAACCUGCUGUAGAUGUUGUAGGGGCCAGAAUGGAAAUGGCUGCUGCUGCUGCUGUUGCUGCUGCUGCUGCUGCUGCUGCUGCUGGUAGUGAUAGUAGUGAUGAUGGCCGGAAGCAGCAGCACAACGAAAUGGAGCAACAGCAGCGGGGAGAGACACAGCAGCAGCAUGCAGCAUCAGGAUCUGCUGCUGCUGCUGCUGCUGCUGCUGUUGAUAUAUCUCCUGCUGCUGCUGGCGCCUUCAGCAGCAACACUCUCUUUAGGAGGCAGCUGCACCAGAAACGGAGGCGUGGCAGCAGCAGCAGCAGCUGCAGCAGCAGCAGCAGCAGCAACAGCAGCAGCAAGAGAGCUCCGCUUGCUUCGGCCGGUCUCCGUCGUUUGAUGGCAAUGCAGUCGCCCAGCCGAGCAGUGGCGCCCAACCCGCAGAGCUUGGAGAAGCAGCAGCAACAGCAGCAGCAGCAGCAUGCUGCUGCUGCGGCCCCUGUAGAGGCAGCUGCACCAGAAACGGAGGCGUGGCAGCAGCAGCAGCAGCAGCUGCAGCAGCAGCAGCAGCAGCAGCAAGAGAGCUCCGCUUGCUUCGGCCGGUCUCUGUCGUUUGAUGGCAAUGCAGUCGCCCAGCCGAGCAGUGGCGCCCAACCCUCAGAGCUUGGAGAAGCAGCAGCAACAGCAGCAGCAGCAGCAGCAGCAGCGGCAGCAGCAGCAGCAGCAGAAAGUACAGCAGCAGCAGCACCAGCAUCGGAGGACUGCCCCGCAGUAUCCUCUGAGGAUGAGUUAGCGGGGUGCGGCAUGCAGGAGCAGGCAGUAUCUGCGUCUGCUGCAGCAGAGAACCAGAAGCUGCAGCAGCAGCAGCAGCAGCAGCAGCAGCAGCUGGAGAAGCAGCAGCAAGAGGUAUACCUAGCAGCGCGAGCCUGGGAGGAGAAGUACUGCGAUGGAGACAAGCAACGCUUCAGGCAGCAGCAGAUGAGGCGUGCUGCAGCAGCAUCCUCUGAGGAUGAGUUAGCGGGGUGCGGCAUGCAGGAGCAGGCAGUAUCUGCGUCUGCUGCAGCAGAAAACCAGAAGCUGCAGCAGCAGCAGCAGCAGCAGCAGCUGGAGAAGCAGCAGCAAGAGGUGUACCUAGCAGCGCGAGCCUGGGAGGAGAAGUACUGCGAUGGGGACAAGCAACGCUUCAGGCAGCAGCAGAUGAGGCGUGCUGCAGCAGCCCUCGCGCAUGCUGCUUAUCCUCCUUCAGCAGACCCUGCGUACCCUCGGCCUUGUCGUGGGCGGGGCCCCCCCAGCAGCCAUGGGGGCCCCCAGGGGGGCCCCGAGGGGGGCCCCCAGGGGGGCCCCCAAGGGGGCCCCCAGGGUACGGCGAUGUAUGACUGCUUCAAUGUGAAGGUGGUGUUCAGAAGAAACACGACGGGGUCUGAGGGCCACAAAGAAAUGGUGUUGCCAGCUGGCACCCUUCUCGGUGGUAGAUACAGGGUGCAGCACGAGGUGGGGGCGGCGGCGUUCUCGCGCUGCCUGCAGGGCAUCGACGAGGUCACUGGAAAGAGGGUCUGCCUGAAGGUGAUGAAGAACGAGAAGGAGUUUCUGGAUCAAUCUCUGGACGAGGUAGCAGUGCUGCGUUUGCUGCUGGCGAACGGUGACCCUGACGUGCAUCGUUUUUUGCGUUUGUUGGAGUGUAUGUACGUUGGGGGUCACCUGGUGUUAGUAACAGAAUUACUAGAUGAGGAUUUGUAUACUUUCAGCACAACACUGAGGAGACAGAGACAGCCAUCGUUCUGGACCCUAGGCAGGCUGCAGCGAGCAGCCAGAGACGUGCUGCUGGCGCUGCAGUUCAUACAUAGUCUACAUAUUAUACAUGGGGACCUGAAACCCGAGAAUAUACUAGCAGCAUUCACUGCCCCGCUAGCAGCAAAACUAAAACUACUGCAGCAGCAGCAGAGACAAACACAAAAAAUACUAGCAGCAACCAGACAAGUUAACGGCUGCUGCAGCGAAACACAUCCACCCACGAGCUGCAACCCGACCAGGAGCAGCACGAGCACCACCAGCACCAGCAGCAGCAUCUGCAGCAGCAGCAACGGCGACAACAACACCAACAGCAGCAGCAGCAGCAGCAGCAGCAGCAGCAGCAACGGUUCUUUGUUUGAUUGGAGUUGCUUGGAUCUGUUUCGUGUGAAGGUGAUAGACUUCGGCAACUGCUGCUUCAGCAGCGACGAGCUUGUGGUGUAUACGCAGUCUCGUUCCUAUAGGGCCCCAGAGGUGCUGCUAGAGCUCCCCUAUUGCCAACAGAUAGAUAUAUGGAGCCUGGGGUGUAUAGUAUAUGAACUAUGGACGGGAGAGAUGCUGCUAGGGUGUUACUCGGUGCCCUCGUUGCUAGCGAAAAUGGUGGGGUUGUUGGGGCCCAUACCCAGCUACAUGGCUCGCUGCAGCCCCCUCAAGCAUCAGCUGCUAGACCCUGAGGGUUUUCUCUAUAGAUUCAUAGAUAAUAUAUCCAACGCACAGGAACACAGACAGCAGCAGCAGCUGCUGCAGCAGCAACCAUCCGUCAGCUGCGACCUCAGACACCCCGAAGACACUCUGCUCAGUGUGGUGCAGGACCACCUGAAACACAGACAAACCCGGCAACACAGCCCCACCCCGCCACCCCCCAGCAGCAGCAGCAACAGCAGCAGCAGCAGCAGCAGCAGCAGCCGUAUGAUUCGUUUCUUUGUACCCAAACGCACCAACCUACGCCAGCGUCUCCGCUGCACCGACGAUACCUUCGUCGACUUCGUCAGCAAAAUGCUGCAGAUAGAUCCCUGCAAGCGGUGGACAGCCAACCAGCUACUCCACCAUCCUUUCCUCACCCCAGGCAGAUACAUCGACGGCAUACAAACCCCCUAA